GAAGCCGCGCACUGGCUGGCCUGCGCCCUGUACGUCGCCUGCCGCAAGAGCCUCGUGCCCACGGUGGGCAGCGGCCUCAUGGAGGGCAACGGCGUCUCGCUCACGCGGAUCCUGCGCUCCGCCAGGCUCAGUUUAAUUCAGUUUUUCAGCAAAAUGAAAAAGUGGAUGGACAUGUCAAAUCUACCGCAGGAAUUCCGAGAGCGAGUGGAACGGCUGGAGAGAAAUUUUGAAGUGUCAACAGUGAUUUUCAAAAAGUUUGAACCCAUAUUUUUGGAUAUAUUUCAAAACCCUUACGAAGAAACUUGCAAGCCACCAAGAAGCAGGAAGCAGAGGCGAGUGCCGUGCAGCGUUAGAGAUCUCUUCAACUUCUGCUGGACUCUCUUUGUGUACACGAAGGGUAAUUUCCGUAUGAUUGGAGAUGAUUUAGUAAAUUCCUAUCAUUUGCUUCUGUGCUGCUUGGACCUGAUUUUUGCAAAUGCCCUCUUGUGUCCAAAUAGAAGAGAUUUGCUAAAUCCGUCAUUUAAAGGCCUACCCGCGGACUUCCACGCGCCGGAGAGCCCGGCGGCUGAAGGGCCUCCCUGCAUCAUUGCCACGCUCUGCGAGCUGCACGACGGGCUCCUCGUGGAAGCUAAAGGAAUAAAGGAACACUACUUCAAACCAUACAUCUCCAAACUGUUCGAGAGGAAGAUCUUAAAAGGAGAAUGUCUGUUGGAUCUGUGCAAUUUUACAGAAAACAACAAAGCAUUGAAUAAAGAGUACGAAGAAUACGUCCUAACCGUGGGUGACUUCGAUGAGAGAGUUUUCCUUGGAGCAGAUGCCGAGGAGGAGAUCGGCACCCCUCGCAAGUUCCCUGCCGAUGUGCCGGCGGGGAAGGCGGCAGCCAGAGCUCACGUGGAGUGUCACCUGCAGCAGCAUUUUGAAAAGAAAAGGUCAUUUGCCCCCUCAACUCCGUUGACUGGCAGGAGAUACCUGCGAGAAAAAGAAGCCGUCAUCACCCCGGUCGCGUCGGCGACGCAGAGCGUGAGCCGGCUGCAGACCAUGGUGGCCGGGCUCAAGAACGCCCCCAGCGAGCAGCUCAUGGCUAUUUUUGAAUCCUGCGCGCGCAGCCCCAUGGAGAGCAUCGUGAGCAGGGUGAAGGAAAUCGGUGAAACUUUCUGUCGGAGCUACACGCAGCCAACGGACGAACAGCCCGGAUCUCAUAUAGAUUUUGCUGUAAACAGAUUAAAACUGGCAGAGAUCUUGUACUAUAAAAUCUUGGAGACGAUAAUGGUCCAAGAAACACGAAGACUGCAUGGGAAGGACAUGACUGCUCUCCUGGAACAAGAUGUCUUUCACCGCUCCCUGAUGGCGUGCUGCCUGGAGAUUGUGCUUUUUGCAUAUAGCUCCCCCCGCACCUUUCCCUGGAUCAUUGAAGUUCUGGAUCUCAGGCCUUUCUAUUUUUACAAGGUCAUCGAAGUCCUGAUUCGUUCUGAGGAUGGUCUUUCCCGAGACAUGGUGAAGCAUCUCAACAGCAUUGAAGAGCAAAUCCUGGAGAGCCUGGCCUGGACGCGGGAGUCAGCCCUCUGGAAAGCGCUCCAGGCCUCGGAAAACAAGGUCCCAACCUGUGAAGAAGUAAUCUUUCCCAGUAACUUUGAAGCAAGCAACGGAGGUGGGGGGCUUGGGCACUUGCCCAUGAUGCCAAUAUCUCCAAUAAUUCAUCCUCGAGUCAAAGAGGUUCGGACAGAUCUCGGUGGGACUUUAAGGCGGGACGUGCAGCCGCUGUCGCCCAUCUCCGUCCACGAGCGCUACAGCUCUCCUGCAGCCGGGAGCGCCAAGAGAAGGCUCUUCGGAGACGACAGCCCCAAGGAGCUGCAGCUGGAAAAGGGUUGGACUGAAGGCACCAAGCUGACCAUCGCUCCGGCUUCAAGUGUCCUUGCUGAAAGUGUCUCUGUUUCUCCUGGGCAAACAGUGCUGACCAUGACAACUGCUGCAGUGGCAGGGAAAUCGGCACAGAGGGUUACCAUCCCGCUGCAUGGCAUUGCAGGCGACAUGGGAGGGAUCACGUUGAUACCCGUUUCGAUGAAUUUAGGUCAGCCGUCUAAAACGGAGGCCGCGGCUCCCAGCCAGCCCCAGGGGAGUCAAGCGCAGGAAGUGCCUCCUCCGUCGGGAAGCAAACCCAAGAGAACGGGCUCCUUGGCCCUGUUUUACAGGAAGGUGUAUCACCUGGCGAGCGUGCGCCUGCGAGACCUGUGCCUCAAGCUGGACGUUUCCAACGACUUGCGCAGGAAGAUAUGGACCUGCUUCGAGUUCACGCUCGUUCAUUGCGCCGACCUCAUGAAGGACAGGCACUUGGACCAGCUCCUCCUUUGUGCUUUUUACAUCAUGGCGAAGGUAACGAAAGAGGAAAGAACUUUUCAGGACAUAAUGAAAAGUUACAGAAAUCAGCCCCAGGCAAACAGCCAUGUUUAUAGGAGUGUUUUAUUGAGGAAUAUUCCUGAGGAUGUUCCGUUGGACAAGAACACGAAUCAAGAUGUUGAGAUGACAGACGACUCCUCUGAGAAAAGUUGUUCCUCAGCACAGUCUGCGCCAGAGAACUGCAGGGAGUCCGGGGCAGAGGAGAGAGGUGAUCUGAUCACAUUUUACAAUGCAGUCUAUGUAGGAAGAGUAAAAUCAUUUGCACUGAAGUACGAUAUCACAAACCAGGAUCACGUAAUGGAAGCGCCUCCCUUGUCUCCGUUCCCAAACAUCAAGCAGCAGCCGGUGUCCCCUCGGCGGAUAUCUCAGCAGCACUCGGUUUACGUCUCGCCGCACAAGAACGGCGCCUGCUUGACCCCCCGAACUGCCCUGCUCUAUAAAUUUAACGGGAGCCCUUCCAAGAGCUUGAAGGACAUCAAUAAUAUGAUAAAACAAGGUGAACAGAGAAGUAAGAAACGCGCGAUAACGAUUGAUAGUGACACGGAGUCCCCUACGAAACGGCUGUGCCAGGAAAACGAUGAUGUUCUCCUGAAGCGACUGCAGGAUGUCGUCAGUGAGCGAGCAAAUCACUAGGGCUGCCUCUUUUCUUCGGGAUCUAAAAGCUGCGGAGUUCAGUGCAACUCUCGUGCUGUUUUUCCUUGCUUUCCAGCCAUUUUGUAUAUAGAAAACUGCCAAAUUGUUUUAAAUGCUGACGUUGCCUGACUUCCGUAGGAUGCAGAUAGGUGAAGUAGCGAACGUCAGGAAUAAGCAUGAUGGAAAAUGUGUUAGAAGUUGCAAAAGCCUGAUCUGUAGGAAGCUGCAUAAUUCAGGGCAUCUGAAUUCUGAGUGUGACUUGGCUUCCAGUAAGUGCUUUUAUUUUUGGAAUAAGGACUUUCAGGGAAUAAUAAGUGGAGUCAGUUAAUUGUCUCAAGCUUUCAGUAUUUGUCUGGGGAAGAAGCUUUCAAAAAGUGCCUUAUUUUAAGAGCGUGGAAAUCUUAUGCAGUGUUACAAUGUGAAGUGAAUGGAGUAGAGAGGAAACUGUCAGAAAGAGGCUUGAACGGCGUGGUUUCAUGGGAUGUGCUCGUCCCUCUCCUCCCAGAAGAGGAGACAGGCCAUCCCGCCUGCUGCAGGGCCGACCAGGUCAGCCUUUGGCCGCCCUUGGGCCCUUCCCAUGCGCAGGUUCAUCUAACAAAUUGUAUCUCUUAAUAUUUUUUUUCCUGAAGACUUUAGUCUUCUGUUGUAUAGUAUCUACACUGAGUGUAAGCCCGAUCAGCUAAGGCAUGCUUGUAUAUGUGAUUUUUAUAGCUAAUAAGGGUGUGGAUUCAUUGGAAAUAUAUAAAUUCUAACAUCUAAGUUGUUUUCACUGAAGGAUUUUGAUAGGAUUUAUUUUCCCAAAAUGGAAAAAAGUCAAGGUUUGGUUUUUUUACUGUAUAUCAGUAGUUUGAUCUUAUAUCAUAAUUAGGUUUAAGAUUAGAGCCAUACAAAAACUUCCCAGCACUGUGUUUCUCAAGUCAAUGUGUGUAUAUUCUACUCUUGUUCUUUGGUUUUUUUUUUGUUUGUUUUUAACGAUUGCAUAGGACUUGUUUAAGGAGCUCUGACUUUGAUUUGUUUAAUGUGUGCCAAUAGAUUGGCUGGACCUCAGUUCUGUGGAAAAUAAUUUCAUGAUUUCAAACCAUCUCAGCUAAAGAACCUGGUCAGCCAUGGUGCAGGAAACAUGUAUUUAAAAGCAUACAUGAGGCAGCUUACCAUAUGCUUAAUUCAUUUUUGAAUUAUUAAUUACUCUUUGAUUUUUUGGUAGAGUUGGAAAAAGGUGCUUUUCUAUUUGUAGUGUGAGGA